ACACACACGCACACACUCACACAAGGACAGACACCCCCCACACACAGCCACUGCUAUGUCUACUGCCGUAGACAUCGCUGGCCCUUCCUCCCCGGAUCAGGCCCACAGCAGCGCUAAAAUCCCCAAUGAGCCAUUGAGACCCAGCCUUAAGCGCUCCAACCACCCCUACGGCCUCUCCCAUUACAUCUCCAGCCCGUCCCCGGCUGUGGACGUCAAAGGCCUGAUCCAGCCCUCCCCGGCCCAGCAACGGGCUGCCCAGCCGGUGCACACUAAACCUCGGCGGGCCCCCUCCUGGCCCGACAUGUGGGAGUCGCCCAGCGGGCUCCACCUGGCGCACGCCGCAGAGCUGCUGAUGCGCGCCGGGCUGCUGGCUCUGACCCCCGCCACCACGGAGCAGGCCGGCCUGGGUGCACAGAGCAGCCAGCCGGCUAAAAGGGAGGCCGCGGAGGCAAAGGGGGACGGGGAGGGCGGGGGGUCCGGGCCUGAGGAGGAGGAAGAGGACUCCUCUGGAUGCGGCACUGACUUCCAACCGUUCCUGGGGGCUUGGUUCCCCUUCAGCCCCGCUCUGUUUCCCCUGGCGGGCUUCCAGAUGGGGGGAGGCCACUGGAGGAGCGCGGCCAUGGGAGCCGAGGGCAUCGAGGGGCUGGUGGCCGAGGGCUACUCUCCCGGCUCUCUGGGUGGGGGCGGCGGAGGGAGAAGGAAGAGGAAGAGGUGCGGGGAGUGCGUACCUUGCCGGCGUCAGACGAACUGCGAACAGUGCAGCAGCUGCCGCAAUCGCAAGAGGGGACACCAGAUCUGUAAAUACAGGAAGUGUGAGGAGCUGAAGAGGAAGCCGGGGGGGCCUGGGUUUGAGAGCAGAGUGUCUGGGUUUGACCUAAGGGGCUCCGACUUUACUUUGGGUCUGGCACAGGAGAGAGGCAACGGUGCCUUGGAUGGAUAGUAAUGUAUGUGGUGGCAGCAUUUGUCAGAGGAUCCUGGUUGGAUGAUUGUUGAGGAGCUGCAGUUAGUAAAAAAGAACCACACAGGACACCAUGUCAAAACCCCCCCCCCCCCCCCGAACUGUGGUUCAAAGAUGUUUAAUGAGGAGCUGCAGCUCCGUUUGAGAAUGUCCACGCUCGUUCCCAUCCUUUCUUUUGACAAUCAGUGAAUUGGAGAGGAGAGAAAGAAGGAUACCAAUGUAUGUCGAUAUUUAGAUGACGACAAAAAUGCUGUAAAUAGACUGUAAAUAUCUGGAAAACAUUAUGUCUUUUUUACAUCCCUUUCCAGUUUGGAUGUAUUGUGUUUCAACAU